GAAAAGAGGGAGCCGGGGCCACUCCGGUCCCUACGGCCCUUUGCGCUCCGGAUAGCUUUAGCUUCCUAGGGAGAUUUCGUUUGAAUAAAGGAGUCUGAGUCCUGGUGGCGUGGUGGUGAAGAGCUCGGCUGCUAACGAAAAGGUCGGCAGUUCCAAUCUACCAGCCGCUCCUUGGAAAUCCUCUGGGACGGUUCUUCUCUGUCGCUAUGAGUCCGCAUCGACGGCAACGGGUUAGGGGUGGCUAAAAAUGUUUGAUAAACCUCUACAUGCCACUUACUGAGCAGAUAAACCCUCAGAUUCCAUAAAUAUUUCUGGUUGAGGUCUCUACACAGACUGCACAAAGUAUCGGCAUUUAUUCUUUGGACAACAUUCAGUUGAUGCAUUCAGGAAAUACCUACUGAGCAUCUACUGUGUGCCUGGCACCCCGCUAUGUCCUUGAGAUACAUAAAUAAGCUCCUCGCCCAUUAAGCGUUUACAAUUUAAUGAUGGAGACAGGCAUGUAAAUAAACAAUUUAACAUGUUCAAUAGUAUGAUGUGGUUUGGGAGAACACUGGAAAAGAUCCCCAGUUCUGGUGGGAGAAGUCAGGAAGCUUCACAGAAGAGAUGAAGCUCACAGGUCCUAAAUUUGGUUGGAAGUUAGGAUUAUCUUCUCAAUUGCUGUGGAGUGCACACGGAGUGGAAUAGAUAGCAGGGAAAUUAUUAAUCUCGGAACAAAAUUUUCCUGGAACUUAAACUAUUUACUGAUUGUCUGGUGAGCCUACAGUCUGAAUCAGUUAAACAAGUAAGACUGGAGUUUAAAAGUAAAUGGGAUAUGUAAUCAUGGAAUAACUCUGCAAACUAAUCCUGACUUUCUUCUCAAAAGAGACGAAGCUUGCAAUCAACUCUGACAAAAUGGUUUGGUUUGUUUCCAAUUGCAAACUCCUUCACAUCAGCGGUUGGCUCUCUCACCAGGUCUGUUCAGUCACUUGAAGGUAGGGCUAUCUUUGUAUUCUCGGCAUCCACAGGCCGUGCAGGGGAAAUUAAGUACCCAAUAAAUGUUUGAGAUUUGAAAGAAGAGAUGGAUAAAACGUCUAACAUUAUCAACCUGGUUACUGGCAUCCAUCACGGACAUGAAUACCAAAGGGCUUAAAACAUUCUUUUUAGCAUGGUGAUCUCCAAUCAUUUUCAACCAUCUCUUCCAGGGAAAGUUCUCCCGUUCUAAGUUGUCUUUGAAGGCACUUGGCAGAAAAACUCAGUCCAACGGGAGUUGUGCUGUACUGAGGCCCUAUGAGGCGAGAAAACCCAAAAACACUCCCCCGUCAAAGCCUAACCAGUCUGACUAGGUUCCCAAGACCUCCUGUUUCACAGCAACGGAAACUCACUUCCGGCACGACCAGGAAGUAAACGUUUCGUCUGAGAGUGGCUCCCUCGGAGAACUAACAGUCUCUCUGUACAUGCUUCUCCAGCACUAGAAACCAAAACCUUCUCUUCUCCUACCUCUUCAGGAUUCAUCCUUAGCUUAUCUCGAGAGCUGAAUGAAGCAAUCAGUGGCGGAUAACCGACGGUUACACUCCCCCUCUUCCCGGCGGAAACUACAAGUCCCAGAAUACAGCUCUCGCUCUUCCGAAGAAAACGACCCAUACGUCCCAGCAGGCAAUGCGCCUCACGGGCGACGAGUUUUUUUUUUUUUUGUUCCGCGGAAACUGAGCAAGGCAUGCUGGGGCUUGCAGUGCUUGCGGCGCCCUUCCUUAGGUCUUCCGCGCUACUCCGUCCGGUCCUGCCUAUUAUCUGUUCCCUGGACCCUUUAGGCUUUUCUUGGCCCGUUUGAAGAUCAGAAAGUUUUAAGUUCGGAGACCGGCUGCUGAAAGACGGUGGCUCGGGUGGGACGGUCGCCAGGGAUGGCGGAGCGUGAGGAUGGAGCGGUUGUCCGGGCUGCUCUCCUGGACGCUGAGCAGAGUCCUGUGGCUCUCGGGUCUCUCUGAGCGGGGAGCUGCACGGCAGUCCCAGAUCAUGGAAGAGAAAGCGCUAGAGGUUUAUGGUAGAGGUCACACAGAAUCGGAAUCAACUCGACGGCAGUGGUGGUUUAGAGGUCACACAGAGGAUUUGAUUCGAAAUAUCCGAGACCCAGAGAAGCCCAAUACUUUAGAAGAACUGGAGGUGGUAACGGAAAGUUGUGUGGAGGUUCAGGAGAUAAAUGAAGACGACUAUCUGGUUAUUAUCAGGUUCACGCCAACAGUACCUCAUUGCUCCUUAGCAACUCUUAUUGGGCUGUGCUUAAGAGUAAAACUUCAGCGAUGUUUACCAUUUAAACAUAAGUAAACAAGCAGAUAAACGAUAAAGAACGAGUGGCAGCUGCAAUGGAGAACCCCAACCUCCGGGAAAUCGUGGAACAGUGCGUCCUUGAACCUGAUUAAUAGCUGUUUUAAGAGACAUUGAACUGUAAUUAUUUGAUAUAUUUGUUUAAACUCUUUGUAAAAUGUAAAAGACUCAUGUUUAAUACGUAGGUGAUUUGUACCUCAGAAGAUUUUUUUUAAAGAAUUAUUUCCAAGCAAGAUUUAAUUGUAAGAUAGUACCUAGUUUGUUCAGGGAUAACCUUCUCAGGAUUCGUAACACUUAAGUGAUCAGACAGAAAUAUUUUCUAGUUAUUAUGUUUAAGAUGAGUUACUAUUUUUCUGAUGCUUGUUCUAUACAACUACUUUUCAUGUCAAAUGUCUACUGUGCCCAGAUGUGUUCAGUUGAAAUCAUUAUUCUGUAAAAUAUGAAUAAACCGAGAUGAUUCUUGUAGUGA